CAGAAAAUUUUAUUUUGUACUAGUUGUAUGGGGCAACAACAUAUAUGGGGCAACUUUUUGUCUUAGGUUUUGUGAUCCCAGAAUUCAGUGGACCUUCAAGUGUAAGAUUUUGUGACACAAUUUUACUGAGACAAAAAAGAGAUUCAUACAACUAGUGUGAAUUGUGUGAGACACAAAAUAAAACUAUCCAAAUCAAACACACAUAUCUCUCUAAAACAAAACAGACAUUUUUCUUUCACAAUUCAACUGCACUCAAAUCAAACAAAGCUAGGGUUUUGCCUUUCUGCCCCAAUUGCUGAUUAUCGCCUCUACUGCAUCUUCCUUCUUCCUUUACGCUGGUUGUCCUACAUUUUGACCUCUAUUCUCUUUGCAACUUGUGCUUUUGUGCUUUCCAAAAUUUCAAAGGCCAAGCUCGACAAAUCGACAAGGCUCUCCCGGCGGCGCGCGUCAAUCCCACCGACCCUUUUCUUCUUACGCUUCCUGUUUUACACUAAUGGCGGAGUUGAAGAGGAAAAACAGAGGAGGAGGGAACAGGCAAAACAAAGGUCGAAAAGACUUUAAGAAGAGAAAACAAAAUUCACAUGAAGGUAAAGAUGGUAGAAGAAAAGGUCCGCGUUUGCCUAAUGCUAUGUUAAAGGAGCUUCAAUUACCUAAAAGGUCCAAUGAAUACUCCGAUGAAGACAUUGCUUCUGAUGAUGAAGCUGUUAAUGAUUUUUAUGAAUAUGAAGAAGGUGUUGCUGAAGAAGAAUCCAAGAAAAAUAAACGAUUUGACCCUGUUGAGAAUUUCCAGUAUGAGCUUCCUGAUGAUUUUGAGGAUGAAAAUGUAUCAUCAGAUGAAGGAGAUGGUGACGAAGACGAGGAUGGUCGGCGAGGAGAGGAUGAUGAGGAAGAGGAUGAUGGAAGGCAUUCACGGUUGUUGCAAGAAAUCACUGGUCUUCCGACUGAUGCUUUUGAUGGAAAGAAGAAGAAAAAUGAUGUUAUUAUAUCCGAGGCAUAUCCAGAGUCUGAAUAUAAUCCUAGCCGUGAUAUUCUGGAUGGAGAUGGCCGCAUUAGCGUCCAGGAUCUUCUCGGCCCUCUCCAGGGGAAGUCUGGCUAUAGCAAAGUUAGAAAGAGCAUGAGUCGGAUGGAGAAGAAGUCCAUGCCUAUGCAUGCACCUCUGCCUAAACCAGAUCAACAGAGAUUAGAAAGAAGGGUAGCUUAUGAUUUUAGCAAGAAAGAUGUUACAAAAUGGGAACCUCAUGUCAAAAGAAACAGAGAAGCAACAACUAUCUAUUUUGACGAAGAUAAGGACGUGGGAUUUUCUACUGUAGGAGCUAUAGCUGCUGAAUUUGAACCACGAACUGAUUUUGAGAAAGAAAUUGCUUCUCUUGUUAAUGACAAUGAGAUUGUUGAAGCUCAUAGAAAAGAUGGUGCAAGGCUUCUUGAACUGAAUAAGAUAUCUGUAGAAGAUGUGAGGGACCGCCAAGACCAGCUUGCUAAGAUGCGUAGUCUUCUUUUCCGUCAUGAAAUGAAGGCAAAACGAGUGAAGAAGAUAAAAUCGAAAGUGUAUCAUCGUUUGCUGAAGAAAGAUAGAUUGAAACAAGCAGGUACUGCAGUUGAAACUGAUCCAGAAGCAGCCAAAGAGCAGGCAAUGAAACAAGAAUUCAAAAGGGCAGAGGAACGCAUGACUCUGAAGCACAAGAACAGCUCCAAGUGGGCAAAGCGCAUCUUACAACGUGGCUUGGAUGUGCAAGACGAUGGAACUCGAGCUGCUAUUACUGAACAACUGAAUCAACAUGCCCUUUUGACAAGAAAAGCAAAUAACAUGAAAGAGAGUAGUAGUAGUGAAGAAAGCAGUGAUGAUGAUGACCUUGAUGAGACUUCUGAUGGAUCAGAUCAGGACGCUGCAGUGAAACUGUUGAAGAAAGCGAAGGACAAGACCAUUGAAGUCUUAGAUGGGGAUGAAGAAUUGCCAGCGUCAGGAGUGCUUUCUUUACCUUUCAUGGUCCGUGGAUUGAAAAGAAGGAAAGAAGCGGCCGAUGAAGAAGCAAAGCUUGCUCUAAAAGAGUAUGAGUCAUCAUUGAAGGAAUUCGAAGAGAAGAACGAGCCAAAAACUCAAGGAACAAAUAUUUUGAGUGGUAGGAGAGUUUUUGGAGCUCAAAAAAAGCAGGAACUCGUACCCAAAAAGAAAGUGACAUCAGACAAUUACUAUGGUGACAGUGAUAGUGAAGGUGAGAGAGAUGCCAGAGAAACUGGCAUUACUGCUCGUGAAGAAAAUAAAUUUCCUGAGAGGGAAGUUCAUUUUGAUCCCAGUUCACUUCGUGAAGAGUCUGAGAUUGGUCAUGAUUCUCUGUUUAAGAGUUUUGAGGACAUUUCAAGAGAACCAUGCUCAAAGACAUCAUACGAAGUUUCCAUUUUUGCAGACGACUCGUGGAAAAAGAUGAAUGAUUCUUCAGUUAAAGGGAAGCAGACAAAAUCUGCAAAUGCAAAAAGUGCAAUGGCCUUAAAGAUCACAAAACCUGUUGCGAGUGAACCUGAUGGGGAGGAAAUUGACGAGGAUAAUGAUACAGAUAGUGGAGGAGAAAUGGUUGAUGGGAUUUUAUCUGCUGGGACUAAGUCCACAUAUGAAAUCCCAUCUCAGGAAGAACUUAUUCGGCGUGCUUUUGCUGGUGAUGAUGUUGAAGACGACUUUGAGAGAGAAAAACAAGAUGCCUUGAAUGAGGAAGUUCCCGAACCUGAAAAACCCCUUUUACUGCCUGGUUGGGGCCAAUGGACCAAUAUACAAAAGAAGAGGGGGCCACCUUCUUGGAUGCUUGCAGAACAUGAUAUUGCCAAAAAGAAAAGGGAAGAAGCUCUCAAGAAGAGAAAAGAUGCAAAUUUGAAUCAUGUUAUUAUCUCCGAAAAGAGGGAUAAGAAGGCUGAGAAGUUACACACGCCGACGUUACCUUAUCCCUUUACUUCCCAAGAAGUUUUUGAGCAGAGCAUUCGGAUGCCCAUUGGACCUGAAUUCAACCCCGUAACAACAGUUGGAGCUCUUACUCGCCCAGAGGUGGUAAAGAGGAAUGGUAUUAUCAUAAAGCCUAUCAAAUUCGAGGAAGUAAAUCUCCAUGGAAGAUCGGAGGACCACAAACGUGGUGGUAUGCAGAAAAAGAAGGGUGGUAAAAGUAAGGGUAACAAACCCACGAAAAAGAAAACCGUGUAGAUUGGAAGCUAACUGAUUCGCGAGCUUUGACAUUUUAAAGAAGGAAUACUUCCAUUUUGUUCUAGUAGUUACAAGAUUCCUUGGUAGAUAAUCAGUGAAUUUUCUCGCCAUGUUCUUGUUUUGGCUCUGUAGUUAGGGGAGCCUCUUUUCUGCAGUUUUGGUAGAAGAAUUAGCUCCAGUUGCAUGCAGUGAAGCCCGGCUAAUUAUGAAGAUGGGAGGCUUUACACUCUACCCAUGCAGCAAAAAGAGAAUUUUGUUGUGUAGUAAAUCUGUAGCACAAAUAACAGGAUGAAAUUGCCUACGAGUACGGUCACCAUUACGUAUUUAGUCAUUUUUUUCCUCCAUACGAAUUUAAUUAUUGAGUGUAUGAUGUUGCUAGCUAUGCUUGAAUUUGAAAGUAUUUGAAGUGUAUAAUUGGUUCAAGUGAAGCAGAUGGUAUGCAUCAGUUUUGUUUCAUUGUGGUAAAGCUUAGAUUUGGUUAUAUUUUUGUUA